UCCCCCUCCCUCCGCGCCUCCCCCUUCUCUCCCGCUCGCUCUCCUUCCACUCCGCGCCCCGCGCUCACCAGAAGCCCGCCGCUCUUAUUCCUGCGCUGUCGGGAGAGCCUCAAGCUCCCCCCUUUGUUAUUGUUGUUGUUGUUGCCCGUGCCGCGCCUUCACCUUCCGAACCAUAUGCCUUGUUGUCGCGCGCAAGCAGCAAUAACCAUCAUCAGCAGCAGCAGCAGCAUCAUCAUCAGCAGCAGCAUCAUCAUCAGCAGCAGCAUCGGCACGGCUCAGCGGUUUUUUUGUUGUUGUUAAAUCUCCGUCGAAUCUUCAUUGACGCGAGCCGCGGCGGCGGCGUCGUCUGUGCUGAGACCGUGGUGGUGGUGCUGCUGCUGGAGGUUCGCCGUUCGCAGAGAAACGACGGGGACAUCCGUCAAUCGGGAGACGGAACGCCGCUUCUGCUAAGAUUUACGCUGAGACACCGACCUCCCCCCCCCCACACACACACACACCUACCAUCACCACCACCAUCAUCACCACCUCAAGGCAGCAGCAGUAGCAGCACAAAGGAAGACGCAAAGGGAGCCUCGACCACGUCGCUGCCCGGGGUCUCGGUGGAAGGACGCGCAGGAGGAGGAGGCGGUGGUGGUAGUUGAGGUGGUUUGUCAAGCAGCCGUAAGGAAGAGGUGGUUGGGGUGGUGGUGGUGGUGGUGCUGGUUGUGCUGGGAUCCACUCCGGGUCUUGGUGCUGGAAGCCAAGAAGGAGCAGCGGAGGAGGAAGACGCGGAUCACGGCGAGAUAAACCGGGACUUUAAAUCGGAUUUGAUAUCGGAGGGAUAUAAAAAAAAAACACAUUGCGGAGCUGAAGAACGAUCCGAUCCGGAUCAGAGAGAGUUGUGGUGGCGGCGGUGGUGGUGGUGGUGUGUGGGCGCGUGUGACCCAGAAUCGGAGCCUACAUCGGGAUUAAAUAAUAAAGAGGACGAACUCCAAAACACGUCGAGUCGAACGGACACGAACAAACUGGGAAAACAAAUCCCGAGUCGGAGGGGAGCAACGUCGACAGAGUCGAGAUCUGGGGACCUCGGAUUCACCGUCUGCGAGCUGGGUGCCGUGGGUAGCCCGUCCCGCUACCACCACCAGAAACACCCACCCUCCCAUUAGCACGGUCGGCCACGUACGGUGCGAAAGAAGGUCCACGCACACAGCACAACCAAACAAGGCGGCUCACGUCGCCGCUGCAGCUGCAGCCCUCGGCGCAAGCAAACGGCUGCCGGAGAGAGAAGGCGCCACACACUUCAACCUCCACCCACACCACCACCACCACACAGCCACUCCACCCCAUAGCCAGGGAGGGGUGGGAGGAGGGGGGCCGCGACCCCCCUCUUUUUCCGCCCCCACCCCCCCCGCCGAUCUCCGCCCCCCAUGGAGGUGGGGGACGUCGGCGGAGCUCCGAGCGGGAAGCGAUGGAAGUGCGCCGCUUCGGGCUCUCGCUUCAAGCUGCUGCACGAGGGCGACGUGCAGGUGUGCGCCAUCCGGCACGCGCGAUCCGCGGUCGUGCGCCACGGACUCGGCCUGAGGCUGCUGCGGCGCUGGGAGGCGCACCACAUCGUGCUGGCGGACAGCAACGUGGCCUCCGUUACGCCGUGUGGGUAUCUGGCUCACCCCAUCCCCUACAGUGACAUUGAAGACAUUCAUGUGGUCGCGUGGGAGAACUCACCCAAGUACUGCCUCAAACUGACCGUCACGCGUGGCACCGUGCUGCUGCAGGCUGUGAACAGCUAUUUGAGAGAUCAGUGGUACCAUUCCCUACAAUGGAAGAAGAAGAUGAGCGACUACCGCUCGCUGCUGGGUGGGGCGAGGCGGCUUUCCGUGGUGCUGAACGAGGUGCGCGCCAUGGUGGACGCCACGCUCUGCUCGCCCCUGCAGGACGACGCCAUCAGCCAGGUCCCGCUGCACAUCGUCUCCGCCACCUUCCUGCAGAAUUCACACCUCACCACCAACGAGAUCGAUGACAUUAUUCUGGCCAUCGCUCCACUACUGGACAAUAACCAUCCCUCUCCCGCGCUCUGUGACUUCUUUUGCAAGCACUGCGUGGCGUGCCCGCGGUCGAAGGUCAUCACUGAAGUCUUCACGCCAGUCGUGCAGAGAAUCCUCAAGCACAACGUGGACUUCCUCAAGAGCCCGUGCCUGCGCCUCUUCACGCAGGAGUACCUCCUCGCUCUCAACGAGCUCAAAAGCGGCGCGGCCGUUGUGCGUGGCUUCGUGCAGAGCAUGCACGGCCCCACAGGGCAGUGUCCGCACCCCCGGGUCCUGUCCAACCUGGUGUCCGUGUGUCUCGCCGCCAUCUACUCCUGCUACGAGGAGUUCAUCAACAGCCGGGACAACUCGCCGACGCUCAAGGAGAUGUGGAGCGGCUGCCAGCAGAAGGUGGACUGGAGCUACCUCCUGCAGCAGAGGCUGUGGCAGAGCGGCCUCGACUCCUCCUCCUCCGUCGACGAGGCGACCUACGACCCGCGGAUUCGCACGUGCGUCCCGCGACCUCCGACCCCGCCGCCGCCGCCCUCCACCACCGCCUCCACCGCCACCACCGCCUCCACCGCCACCACCACCACCACCGGGAAGGAGGCGGAGCUGGUGUCGCUCGACGGGCGGACGCUCCGUACGGCGGAGAUCGAGAUUCGGUUGGACGACGGAGGAGGAGGAGGAGGAGGGGGGGACGGCAACAAUGACGAUGGCGGGACGCAGCGGAAGAGGCGGAGCGGCAGCGAGGACAGCCUCAUGGCGGCGCCGUGCUGCGCCGAGCUGAGGAUCGAGCUCGGGCCGCAGGCGGAGAGGGUGCUCGCCUGCUUCGUGGAGAUCCUGCAGACCCUCUCGGAAUAUGAGGACUGGAGGCCUGCGCUGGCAAGUCUUCUUCAACCCAUCCCCUUCCCAAAAGAAGCGCUCGCUCAUGAAAAAUUCACGAGGGAGAUGAAGUUCGUGAUUCAGAAGUUCGCCAACGAUCCCCGGAGGGAGGUCCACUCGUGCCUCCUGGGGGUCAGAGCCAGCAAGGACGGGUGGUUCCAACUGUUCAGCCCGGGAGGGGUGGCUUGCGACGACGACGGCGAGCUGUUCGCCACGAUGGUCCACAGCCUCAUGGCGACCUGCUAUCGGACCAAGCGCUUCCUGAUGUCGCUCGCGAGCAACAAGCUGGGGCCUUGCAUGCUCCUCGCCCUGAGGGGGAACUCCACCAUGGUGGAGAUCCUGUGCCUCAUGCUGGAGUACGCCGUGAUCGAGGUUCGUGACUCCCAGCUGCAGAUCAUCUCGGCCCUGCAGAGCACGGACGAGGGCCGGCGCAUGUACGACGAGCUGUGCGAGCGGCAGCGCGAGCUCCGAGAGCUGCAGAAGAAAGGGGGGCCCAUCAGACUGAGCCUGCCCACCAAGACCACGGACAUGGACGUGGCGAAGCUGCUCAGCUCGGGCUCGUUUGGGAACCUGGAGAACCUGAGCCUGGCGUUCACGCGCGUCACCAGCGCCUGCGCCAAGUUCAUCAUCAAGCUGCCCGCACUCAAGCAGCUCAACCUGUGGUCCACUCAGUUCGGCGACGCCGGGUUGAUCCAGCUCUCGGAGCACCUCUCCUCACUGCAGGUGCUCAACCUGUGUGAGACUCCGGUGACCGACGACGGCCUCCUCUCGCUCACCGCGCUGGUGAACCUCUACAGCCUCAACCUGAACAGCACCAAGCUGUCGGCCGACACCUAUGAGGUGCUCAAGGCCAAGCUGCCGAACCUGCAAGAGGUGGACAUCCGUUACACGGACGCUUGGUGACAGUGGGCGAGCGGGACGGGGAGAGAGGGGGUCGAGGGUGGUGGGGGGGGAUAGUGAGAGAUAAACAGUUCCGAUUGUGGCUGGAUGCCACGUGACUCUUUAUAAAUGUAAAAAAAAUAUAUAUUUUUUCCCCCCUUAAUUUUAUAUUUUUUAUUUUGCGUCACAUUCCGCUGAACAAAAAAACCCUGUGAGCCUGGUAGCCGGCGGCGGCGGCGGCGGUGGUGGUUGGCACAGUAUGGGAGCGCAGCUGGUGCAUCUGCCAGUCAUCUCAGUCGGUCAACCCACGUCUGUCCCGUGACCUCCCGCCGGCGAGGCCUUCCACACCCAGCCUGGCACAAGCGCCGCGGUGACGUCACCGCCGCACAGUGGCCAAUUGGCGGCUGCUGUUGGUGGCGGUGGUGGUGGUGGUGGUUGUGGCGGGCGGUUUGGGCAAAGCAGUAACCGCAAAAACUGAGCACGUGUCGCGCGUCGUUGCUGCUGCUGAUACUCGUGCUGCCAUCAGCACCGCCAAUGCCAACAUCGAAAACCGCCUGCUGCUGAUACCAACACUGCCAUCAGCACUGCCACCAAUGCUUCCAUCUAUCGCUUCCGCAACCACUACCACCAACAUGUGUCAUCG